AUGAGAUCUUUCCUCUCUUUCACCUUAAUGACCUGCGUUCUCGUCUUGGCCAUGUUGAUUAUGCCGGCCGAGUCCUCGUAUGGCCGGAAACCUGCUCCUCCGAUGGUUCCUUCGCCAUCACCAACUCCAAGUGGUGAAGGUGGUCACUUUGGUGGACCCAAGACGCCUCCACCGCCUCCAAACGCUGCCACUUUCGCCGCUUCCCCGCAAGAGGGAAGGCGAGAAGAAGAAAAAAGAAGGUGUUGGUCACUCUCCGCCGCGUUCGCUCUUUCAAAACUCGUCCCAAAAUCUGUAGGGGAAAUGAACCAACAAGGUGUGAAAUUGAUAAGCGGAUCGAGGGAUGUCUUCCGGAGAACAUUUGCAGCAGCAGCUAGCAAGGCCAAGAAGGGUGGCAAAGGAGGAGGCGCCACCGAUGCUCCCAAAGGAUCGACCCUGAGCAAAGAGAUCAAAUCCACGACCGUUGUUGGUGCUAAUACUCUCAAAGAUGGAUCUGAUCCCAAGAUCCUGUCCGACUCUGAUUACCCAGAUUGGCUCUGGCAUCUGCUCGAUAAGCGACCCGCGCUUAGUGAACUCAGAAGAAAGAACGUCGAGACUCUUCCCUACGAUGAUCUUAAACGUUUUGUCAAGCUCGACACUCGAGCCAAAAUCAAGGAGAACAACUCCGUCAAGGCCAAGAACUGA